CGCCGCUGAGCGGGGCCGCUCGGGCUGUCCGUGCGCCCGCGCCGCGCGGCUCGGGGCCGGUCGAUGGGACGGGGCGCCGGGAGGCCGGAGGCGGCGCCCGUCGGGGGCCGGGGGCGGGCGGCGGGCGCGGGGACGGCGGGCCCUGAGCGCCGCCCGCGGGGAGGCCGCCCGGCGGCCGCGAUGGGCUCGGCGCGGGGCCGCCUGCCAGCCGGGCCGUGAGCGCCGCCGCGCCGCCGCCGCCGGGACCAUGGCCCUGGAGCGGCUCGGCCCGACCCUCAAAGUGCUGCUGAUCACCGUGCUGGUGGUGGAGGGGAUCGCUGUAGCCCAGAAGCCCCCAGAUGGACAGAACAUCGGGGUCCGGCACGUGGCCGGCACCCAGUGCGGCAUCUGGGUCCGGACCAGCAAUGGAGGCCACUUUGCUUCGCCGAGCUACCCGGACCCGUACCCGCCCAACAGGGAGUGCACCUACGUGCUGGAAGCCGCGCCCCGCCAGCGCAUCGAGCUGGCCUUCGACCAGCACUUCCACAUCGAGCCCUCGUUCGAGUGCCGCUUCGACCACCUGGAGGUGCGGGACGGGCCCUUCGGCUUCUCCCCGCUCAUCGACCGCUUCUGCGGCGCGCGGAGACCCCCACUGCUGCGCUCCACCGGCCGCUUCCUGUGGGUCAGGUUCAGCUCCGACGAGGAGCUCGAAGGCCUGGGCUUCCGGGCCAAGUACUCCUUCAUCCCAGAUCCAGACUUUACGUACCUCGGAGGUAUUUUAAACCCCAUCCCAGACUGCCAGUUCGAGCUCUCGGGGGCCGACGGCGUGGUGCGGUCCAGCCAGGUGGAGCAGGAGGAGAAGACGAAGCCCGGGCAGGCAGUGGACUGCAUCUGGACCAUCCGGGCCACCCCCAGGGCCAAGAUCUACCUGCGGUUCCUGGACUACCAGAUGGAGCACUCCAACGAGUGCCAGCGCAACUUCGUGGCCGUGUACGACGGGAGCAGUGCCAUCGAGAACCUCAAGGCCAAGUUCUGCAGCACGGUGGCCAACGACGUGACGCUGCGCACGGGCGUGGGCGUGGUGCGCAUGUGGGCGGACGAGGGCAGCCGGCUCAGCCGCUUCCGGCUGCUCUUCACCUCCUUCGUGGAGCCGCCCUGCACGGGCAGCACCUUCUUCUGCCACAGCAACAUGUGCAUCAACAACUCGCUGGUCUGCAACGGCGUCCAGAACUGCGCGUACCCGUGGGACGAGAACCACUGCAAAGAGAGGAAGCGGGCCGGCCUCUUCGAGCAGAUCACGCGGACCCACGGCACCAUCAUCGGCGUGGCGUCGGGCGUGGUGCUGGUGCUGCUGGUGGUGUCGGUGCUGGUGCAGGUGAAGCAGCCGCGGAAGAAGGUGCUGGCCUGCAAGGCGGCCUUCCCCAAGCCCGGCUUCCCGGACGCCUUCGACCCCCCGCACUACGAGCUCUUCUCGCUGCGGGACAAGGAGCUGGCGGCCGACCUGGGCGACCUGGGCGAGGAGCUGGACGGCUACCGGCCGCUGCAGCGCGCCUCCUCCGCCUCGCGCUGCGUGCACGAGCACCACUGCGGGGCGCAGGCCCGGCCCGGCCGCCCGGCCCUGCCGGCCGCCGAGCUGCCCUUCCGCCACGACUUCGCGCCGCCCCAGCCCAUGAAGACCUUCAACAGCACCUUCCCCCGCAGCAGCUUCACCUUCCAGCCGGCCGCCGGCCCCAGCUCGCCCCGCGCCGGCCGCGUGGCCGAGGAGGUCCCCUGCGAGAUCUACGCGCGCGGCCGCGAGGACCCUGCCCCGGCGGCCCUCACCAUCGACUUCUGACCUCGCCGCCGCCGACCCCUCCCCGGGGACCCCUCCCCGGGGACCCUUCCCCGGGGACCCCCUCCACCGG